UCGACUUAAAUUCCCCAAGCGCGACAGCUCGAAGACAGUUAAGGAAUUAUGACGCUUCGCAUUUUAUUAAUCGCAGCUGCCGCAUUGAUUUGCCACUGCGUCGCCGAUGUGGCGCACAUAAAUCAAGCAGCGCCUAAGGACGUACUGGUGCCAUUCAAUGAUUUAUUGCCGCCACCACUGGAGGAGUCCACAACGGAGACCUCAACGCCAGCUACAAAGCCCACCAAAAAGUCAUACUAUCAGCAGCAGCAGCAGGCCAGAACCAAGGAGACGGUCAUCAGGGCUGAGCAGCCAAGCGCCAAACAGCCAGCGCUCGCCUUGGAUUUGUUGCCGCCCUUCGCUGAGGAUGUGGUGCAACCACAAGUGGAGGCAGCCAGCAGCAGCAGCUUUAGCAAAACCACCGUCGCCGCCGUCACCACGCAGCAACCACCGUUUGUAAGCAGCACAAGCGCACGCAGCGUGCCACAUGUUGCACAGCUGCAGGAGCUAAGCGCACGCGAGGAAUCCAGAACCAACAGCGUCGCUAGCGAAACCUCCGGCUCUUCGCGAUUCUCGCCCGAGCUCAUCCGUCAGUAUGCAACAUAUUUUCAGUCAACGACGCCGCGUCCGCCGCGCGGUCCGUUGCCAACGCUAACGCCCUUUCCACGUCAUAUUAAAAUCUAGUAAAUUAAUUAAAUUAGUUAAGCGCAGUGCAACAAUAAAA